CUCAUUCAAGUUCAUUUCCUACAGGUCGCAAAUACGCUAUGCUGAAGCUGAAGGUGAUCCUCUCGACCGUUCUGAGGAACUUCCGCGUGAUGCCAGGGAUCCCCGAGAAGGACUGGGUGCUUCAGGCCGAUAUCAUACUGAAGAGGACCGACGGCUUCAGAAUCAAGCUGCAGCCCAGGAAACCAGCUGCGUCAGCCAAAUGAACUGCAAAAAAUAGAUAACAUCAAACACAAAUGAUACCUAAUCUAAUGGGAGAGUGAUAUUUUCGCAAGAAUUGUUAUUAUAGUUCAUUUGCUUUUAUGUAUUAUAUAGAUGAAGACACCAGCAGUUGCAGCACCUAAAUGAAAAACAAAAAUUAUUUACCUUAACAACAUAAGUUACUGAUAUAUCUCAGCGAUAUUUUUUCAAUAAUAGUUAUUAUUGUCUAUGAAGAUACGGUUAUUGUAUAAGCUUGAAAAAUAAAUACACUUUUUGCUGUUAGAAAAAACGACAAGCAAGCAGAUAUUUUACAAUAAAUGGAUUAAUCACUCACAGUUGUCAAAGUUGUCACAGUGAGUGAUUAAUUAAUUUAUUGUGAAAUAUCUGACUGCUAGUCGUUUUUUUAACAGCAGAAAGUGAUUAAUUAAUAAGAAAAAACAACAUUGAAGAAAUAAAUACAGUACCUCAAUCACACAAAUUAAUGAUAUAUCUUAUUUAAUGAGAAAGAUUAGUGAUAUUAUUCUAGCAAGAAUUAUUAUUAUGGUUCAUGAAGACGGCAUUAUUGCAUCAGUUAUGCAAUAACUAAAUGAAAUGCACCUAAAUGAAUAACAAAGAAUAUAUAUGGUACCUCAACACCAAACACAAAAAUCACA